UGGUUCCAUUUGGACCCUAUCAAACGCGGUUUUCUUAAUCACGAAUCUCCUACUCUUCUUCUUCUUCUUCUGCUUCUUCGUCAAUUUCUUCUGAAUUCUCUUCCAAUGGAGUUUCUUAGGCUAAUUCUCUUUGCUCUUUUACUCUCUUCCUCCGCCGUUCCAAUUCUUUCCUAUUCUCAUUUCUCUCCGGUCGAUCAUUACCUCGUCGACUGUGGGUCAACCCUAAAGUCCACCGUCGAUCAUCGCAUCUUCCUCUCCGAUUCAUCCCCUUCAAACUCUCCCUUUCUCUCCGCUCCUCACUCUUUCUCCCUCAGAAAUGAACACCCCUUCGAGGGUUUGCCCCCGAUUUACAGCUCGGCUCGCGUUUUCGAGGCACCGUCCAAGUACGAGUUUCAGAUCAGAGAUAAAGGGACGCAUAUGGUACGUCUCCAUUUUCAAACUUUUAGUUCUUCAAAUUUGGAUUUGAUUCGUGCUCAAUUCCACGUUCUGGUUAAUGGGUAUGUGAUUUUGAGUAAUUUUAGUGGGGUCUCUGCUGUAAACCCUAGAAUUAAGGAGUUCCUUAUCUGGAUUGGAACUGAAACCCUUGAAAUUACCUUUGUCCCUGUUAAGAAAUCAAAUUUGGCUUUUGUUAAUGCGAUUGAAGUUAUUUCUGCACCUAAAGAUCUUGUUGCUGAUACUGCAAAAUACUUGAGUUAUGAACAUAGUGGAGUUGUUGAUGGAUUGUCCAAGGAAGGACUUGAAGUUUUGUACAGGGUCAAUGUUGGGGGCCCUAAAGUGACCCCGUUUAAUGAUUCUUUCUGGAGGACUUGGCUUCCUGAUGAUGAACACUUUGAAUCCAUUUGGGGAUCAAAGAAAGUGUAUUCUACUGGAAGAAUGAAGUAUCAAGCAGGUGGCGCUAGUCGUGAAGUUGGUCCUGACAAUGUUUACAACUCCGCCAGAGUGAUCCAAAGUACAAAUUCUUCGGUUCCAAAUAUGAACAUGACAUGGACAUUCCCUGUAAUUGAUGGAUACAAUUACAUUGUUCGCUUGCAUUUUUGUGAUAUUGCAAGUAUAUCAAUUGGUUUUCUGUUUUUCAAUAUCUAUGUUAAUGGGUACAUGGCGUAUGAGAAUUUCGAUCUCUCGAGCGCUACUAAUUGGGAACUUUCUUCUCCAUUCUAUGUUGAUUUCAUGGUCAAUGGUGGUCAAGAAGGAGUUCUUAGAAUUGGUAUUGGAAGCUCUAAUCAGAGUGUCCCAUAUGCUGUAGAUGGUCUACUAAAUGGAAUUGAGAUCAUGAAAUUGAAUAACUCUUUGGGUAGCUUUGAUGGUAGCCUAUCUGCAGAGAUGAUUUUGAAGGGAUGUCGAGGAUACAGCGUUAAUUUAGUUCCAUAUGUAGUGAUUUGGUGCUUGAUCGUAAGCGUGUCGCUGAUGUUACGUCGGAAGGUGAUCGGGAGGGACGAGUCUUUCUCGUGGUCGAAACUUCCAGUGGUGGAUAGUUGGAGAGAUAAAUCUAGCAUGGGAGUAGACAAUCACUAGUUAAAAACACAUGUUCUAUAUUUGAGGAUACAUAAAUAUGUAUAAGUUGGUGGAAUUGUUGUAUCUGAAAACCAGUAGUAAAGUAGAACAGAAAUCUGUAACAAAGUUUGUUUUGAAUGUUAAGUUUGUUUCUUUUAGGGUUUGUUUGUUGAAAUCUGUAAUGAUAUUUUGGAAGUUAUUGAGAGAACAAUCUCAAGGAAAUGUCAUAUUUAUGUAUACUUAUAUAUCAGUGUAUUAAUAAAUUUAUGGUGUGGAACAGCUGCUUUAAA